AUGAUCGCGAUCUCGGAGGAAGAGUACGACGAGGGUACUGUGGCUCAGGCAACCGAUUGUGCCUCCACACUUCCAGCGAGGAUUAUCAACAUGUGCGACGGUGCUCGUGUGGAUAGUCUGGACACAGUUCAUUGCACCAUCCAGAAAAUUACAAGUCUGAUCAAUUUAUGCCUGGAUAACUUGGAAUCAACAUACAUCGGACCAGACCAUCAAGAUCAACGCGAGUAUAUCCUGGACGCAAUGAACCACUUGCGUCGAUUGUCAAUGAACAUCCCUAAACAAGACCAGAGUCCGGCAUCUGACACUGUCGAUGUUCUCUUUGGUGGAUUUGUUUUAAAGAGCAGCUCGGAAGUUGAGGCGUUGUGCUUUGAGGCUGCCAGUGCGGGGUCUCAUGCACUGGACAUUGCAGAUAGUCUUGAUUCAGUUCGCAAGCUGAACACUCACAUUACGCAGUUCAUGCUUCACCGUCUCCGUCCCAUUUUUGAUGCCGUUGAACUUGUGGUUCGGUACGCGAAAAAAUAUUGCCAAAGCUUUUGGAACCUGAGUACGGACGUGCAACUGAUGAUUCCCAUGCAACAGAGAAAAGUCCCGGUUGAAAAGAUGAGCGGUAGACGUUCUAGUCAACCCGUGUCGGGCAAAAGAAGACGCACAGCGAGAAAAAGGGAAUGGAAUCUAUUGCAGAUUCCAACGAGCUAUGAGCAAUAUCGUGUGGAACUUGUGAUGGAAUUUGAAGACUGUUUCAAGAAACUGAGAAACCGUUCACUGAACCUGAGAGAACGAGGAGUGGAAUUAAAUGAUUGCGGUCCUUCCGUUCAAGCUCUUGCUUCUCAAACUCGUAGCAAGAUACAUCUAAUUCAAUCCCAACAUAAGGCGUUUGAAUUGGUCACACGACUACACUGUCAACAGGCACGUCUGAAGGUGCAGAUUGACGAAUUACGCCAACUGUUGAAUCGAAUGAAAACUCGAGGUGAACAGUUUGAUCAAGAAUUCAAAGGUAUCGAACUGGAGUUGGAUAAAUUGGAGUUGCUGACACAAACGGCUCGCUUACGUUGUGAAAAACUCGAAGCCGAUCAAAUUCGUUCGCGGCAAGCUAAAUCCAGACGUCUGGUUCGUGAAGCCCGUCGCAAACAGCGCGAAAGAGCACAACAAAACUGGACCAACUUGCGUGAAUUGGUUCUCAUAAAACCGAAACAAGAAGAAGAAGAAUCAGACCUGGAUCCGGAUGAGCAGAUCCUAAAAGACAAACUGCCAAAAUUGAACAGAGCUCCAAGGGUCGAUCUGACUCGAAAAAGCACUUGGAGACCAUUUUCCACCGAGUCCAUUCAGUCAGAUAUUAGUACUCUGAGUGUCAACCUCAAAGAGAUCCAGUCGUGGAAACAACGCCUGACUGAGUUGACGAAUGUACGCAUUCCUUUUGCUCAACGGAAAAAGAAGGAGGUAUUACGAAGGAUACAGUGGCUUGAGAGUAAGAAAAAGCAACUGCAUAUUUUGGAAACACUAUUUCGAGAUCGAGAAGAGAAGCAGUGCGCAAAAGCUCAGAAUGAUUUGAAACAUUGCGAGUCGAUGAUACAAAAAGUGGAUAAAGCCAUUUUGAUUCUUCAGCAUCUUCAAAGUUUGAAAGCCAGCCAAAGUAUCGUUCGGAACAUUGCUCACAAUAUAGAACUAAAACAAGUCACCGAAGUGCUCAGUGCUAGUUCAACUACCAAACGGUUCACUAAGAAAACAACAACUGCCUGGGAUUACAGUGAAACCGCUGAAGCCAAAACAUUACAACGCGCUCUAAGAAUAACUGCUCGGCAUAUUGGAUCAGACUGGCGAACACUGUUCUACAAUUUACCAUUUAAUCCGUCCAGAGGUAAUGUGGAACUGGAGGAGCUUUUGCGAACUUUGUGUCAAACCAUGACUCGGGCAAAUGAGAAUCAACUGAAGCUGGCUGCCCUAAAACUCUGGUCCAAGCAGACCAAGUACGCAAACCCUGGUAUUUUAAGCGACACCCUGAAACAUAUCGGACGAAUAAGUUUGGCUGAACGCAUCAAACGACUUCAAAAAUCGCCUGGUCCAGAUACGACAACCUAUGGUCUCGGGCGAAGUGAUUCGCAAGACAAAAACGCCUAUCGAUUGAAUGUGCCUUUGUCCGCAAUAUCACGUGCUAUCCAACGCGUGAUGGGGUCACCCAGAUCAAUGGAGAACAACAUCUCUGGAUCCCUGCCCGACAAAAUAUCAUUAAGACCUCGCUGGAUUGGACUCCCAGUAGCAAUUACACACCCUUGUGAGAAAGCUUGUGCCCACUGA